GCCGAAACCAACGCCGAUAGCCUAUCUUGACUGCGCCGUCCUUCCAUUGUUCUGUGCAUUUGAUCGAUGCAUUCAGCGUUUGCUCAGUCUAAGAAACGCUUCUACUCUCGCUUGUGAUAUCAAAGCAUUUCUUUCCAAGCUUAUCUCUUUUUAUAUCUUUUUUCUUCUUGUACGAGAGGGGAAUGCUUGUAUAGCAUCACGGGUCCCCUCCUUGGUCACUGCAGCACAAAAUGCAGGCAGCAAGAAGUGAAGGACGCCCCGCUGCGGCGUCCUCGACCGCGACGAUGGCCAAAGGCGAGAAGGACAAGUCCGUCACCACGAGGUCAAUACACUACCCCUUCUGGUUCGGUGGUAGCGCGAGCAGCAUGGCUGCUUGUGUAACGCAUCCUCUAGAUCUAGGUGAGUUAAUCCAGGUCCGCCUCCAAACACGAACCGGCGACAUGCCCAAGUCGAUGAGCGGCACCUUUGUACACAUUGUCAAGCACAACGGCUUUCGCGGCCUCUACAGCGGCCUCUCGGCCUCCCUCCUCCGCCAGAUAACCUACUCCACCACCCGCUUCGGCAUCUACGAGGAGCUCAAGUCCCGCUUCCCGUCCCGCAGGACGGACCCCGCCACCGGCAAGCCCAAGCCGCCGUCCCUCGUCACGCUCAUCGCCAUGGCCUCCGCCUCGGGCUUCGUCGGCGGGAUCGCCGGCAACGCCGCCGACGUGCUCAACGUGCGCAUGCAGCACGACGCGGCGCUGCCGCCGGCGCAGCGGCGCAACUACGCGCACGCGCUCGACGGCCUCGUGCGCAUGGUGCGCGAGGAGGGCGUGGCCAGCGUGCUCCGCGGGGUGUGGCCCAACAGCGCGCGCGCGGCCGCCAUGACGGCCAGCCAGCUGGCCAGCUACGACGUGUUCAAGCGCACCCUGCUGCGGCUGACGCCCAUGCAGGACAACCUAGCCACCCACUUCAGCGCCAGCUUCCUCGCCGGCGUGGUGGCGGCGACCGUGACGAGCCCGGUCGACGUCAUCAAGACGAGGGUGAUGUCGUCGUCGGGCGAUCACGGGGUCGUCAGGGUGCUGAGGGAGGUGUCCGCCAAGGAGGGGAUGCGUUGGAUGUUUAAGGGAUGGGUACCGAGCUUUUUGAGGCUGGGGCCACAAACGAUCUGUACAUUCCUCUUCUUAGAGUCUCACCGCAAGGUCUACAGGAAGAUCAACGGCAUCGCGGAGCCGGUGUAAUACACGAAUCACACAAGGGCGCGU